ACGCAAAUGUACUGCGCAGGCGCAGAUUUUCUUCUCGCGAGAAGAGGAACGUCAGCAUGGCGGUGCUCCUUGAAACGAGUCUGGGCGAUAUUGUGAUCGAUUUGUUUACAGACGAAAGGCCUAAAACUUGCUUAAACUUUCUGAAGUUAUGCAAGAUAAAAUACUACAACUACUGCCUCAUCCACAAUGUGCAGAGAGACUUCAUCAUGCAGUCUGGAGAUCCUACUGGCACAGGUCGUGGAGGAGAAUCUGUGUAUAGCAAACUGUAUGGGGACCAGGCACGCUUUUUUGAUCUGGAGAAAAUGCCACGCAUUAAACACAAGAAGAAGGGGACGGUGUCCAUGGUGAACAAUGGAAAUGAUCAGCACGGCUCUCAGUUUCUAAUUACCACUGGCGAGAACCUAGACUAUCUGGAUGGAGUUCAUACAGUGUUUGGGGAAGUGACUGAGGGCAUGGACGUCCUGAACAAAAUCAAUGAGGCCUUUGUUGACAAGGAUUUUGUCCCAUUCCAAGAUAUCAGGAUAAACCACACAGUGAUCCUGGACGAUCCGUUCGAUGACCCUCCUGACCUACCGGUGCCUGAUCGAUCGCCUGAACCCACCAAGGAGCAGCUGGAUAGUGGCCGUAUCGGUGCAGAUGAAGUGGUCGAUGAUACAGAUGGGAAAGGAGCCGAGGAACUAGAGGAGAAGCUGAAGGAGAAAGAGGCCAAGACUCAGGCUAUCCUGUUGGAGAUGGUAGGCGACCUCCCUGAUGCAGAUGUGAAGCCUCCAGAAAACGUGCUGUUUGUGUGCAAGCUGAACCCAGUGACCACAGAUGAGGACCUGGAAAUCAUUUUUUCUCGCUUUGGAUGCAUAAAAAGCUGUGAGAUCAUCAGAGACUGGAAAACUGGAGACUCCCUCUGUUAUGCUUUUAUAGAGUUUGAAAAGCAAGAAGACUGUGAGAAAGCUUACUUCAAAAUGGACAACGUGCUCAUUGACGACAGACGCAUUCACGUAGACUUCAGUCAAUCAGUUGCAAAGAUCAAAUGGAAAGGGAAAGGGGGGAAAUACACUAAAGACGACUUCAAAGCUUAUGAGAAGGAUGUAGAGAAUCGAUCCAAACUGGCUCUCAAGGAUCAGGUGAAGCCAAAACAAGAUUCCAAGUACAACCUGAUAAUUGAGGAAGAAGAGGAGGCACCGAGUCAUCGGCACUCUGAGAAGAAACAUAAAGAGAAGAGGCACCAUCAUCAUUCAGAUGAUGAGGACAGCAGGAAGUCCAAAAAGCGCAAGGACAGUGAGGAGGGCAGGCGGGACAGAAAGGGAGGUCGCCAGCGUUCACGCUCACGAUCUCGCUCCAGAGACAGGGACCACAAGCACAGCAAGUCCCGGGUCAAACAUGGGAAAGAGGGGCACGAUAAAGGCCACAGGGACAGGAGCCGCAGUCGCUCUCCCAAGAGGUCCAAGGACAAGGAGAAGAGUAGAUACAGAUGAGGGAGGACGAAUGAGAUAUAUAUGUAUUUGGACCACAGCCACUGAACUGUGAUCAUCAUGAAAUUUCUGAAUAUUCAUCAUCUUAAACUUUCUCUUAAAUCACUUGAUCUUGACUUUUAGGGAACUAGUUGGGUGAUUAUCAGGUUUUUGUCACGUCGUCUAGAUCGGCACUAAGAAAUGUUUUUUUAUAUGUGCAUUAAAAGUUCACUGUAACUAGGUUUUUAUUUAAUCACUUCUUUCACUUCAUUUGAAUGCCGUGACAGAUGUCACCGAAUAAGUGUUGUUUACUUCCUUUCCUUGAACCCCACACAUUUUUUUUUAGAACAAAAGUGGUAGAUGAUUAAUAUCCAACCUUCAACUUUCUGACUGUGCGGUCUUUUACAUUUAGAAAAUGUCAACAUGGAAAAUUGCUGGGUGGUGUAAUCAGACUGCUGAGGGAAUUCACUGGUGUCUCCCUCCACCCACCUCCUAGAUCUGGGGUCAUACCAUAGCUCAAAAUGCCACUCAGUUGCCAUCAAUUAAAAGCCCGCAAGGGGAAUAUUUGAGGUAUUAUCAUUGUGGUCUUAGGUUAAUAUAGGUUACUAAUGAAAAGAAGAUGAAAGGAUAAAAGCAAAUGCUAAAAUAAAAACGUCAUGACUGUAAGCUGAUUUUAGACCUGUUGAUGUGCCACGAGGUUUGUUUGUAACUGUGGACAGGUGGCUACCACAGACUAAAAUUUGUCCCCACACAAAGCUGCAUGGCGUUGCUGUGGUUAGCGCUGCACCACAAGAAGGUUCCUGCUUCUAACCCUGGCUGCAGCCUUUUACGUGUGUUUGGGUUUCCUGCAAAAACACACGAAAAUGUAGGGCAAGCUUAUUAUAGCUAACUAAACUAAAAUUAGUGUGAAAAAAUGUUUGAGUUCGCAAUAAAAGCCAGACUUUUAAAAA